AUGAGCGCGUCUCGGUUCAUCAAGUGCGUCACCGUGGGGGACGGUGCCGUCGGAAAGACCUGCAUGCUCAUCUCCUACACCUCCAACACUUUCCCCACUGACUAUGUUCCAACUGUGUUCGACAACUUCAGUGCCAAUGUUGUGGUCGACGGGAGCACCGUCAAUUUGGGUCUGUGGGAUACAGCAGGACAAGAAGAUUAUAAUAGACUGCGCCCGUUGAGCUAUCGUGGUGCUGAUGUUUUCCUGCUCGCCUUUUCUCUUAUCAGCAAAGCAAGCUACGAGAAUGUCUCUAAGAAGUGGGUUCCUGAAUUAAGGCACUAUGCCCCUGGCGUGCCCAUAAUCCUUGUUGGGACAAAACUGGAUCUGCGAGAUGAUAAGCAGUUUUUCGUUGAUCACCCUGGCGCAGUUCCAAUUUCCACUGCCCAGGGCGAAGAGCUGAGGAAGCUAAUUGGUGCAGCUGCCUACAUCGAAUGCAGUUCAAAAACCCAACAAAACAUAAAAGCAGUGUUUGACGCGGCCAUUAAGGUGGUUCUCCAGCCUCCGAAGCAAAAGAAGAAGAAGAAGAAGGCGCAGAAGGGAUGCACCAUUUUGUAA